CUAAAUUGAAGAGGCGGGAAAUAAACACGCACGCCAGUAUCUCCUUCUAUAUAAACCCUAAUCCACAAUCUUCUCAAUCAAUCAUUCAUCGUCAUCCUUUUCUCAGUCUCUCUCUCUCUUUCUGAAAUAAACACAAUGACGACGCCCGUGAAGAAAAGCCUCGCCAUUAGACCGGUGGCGUUCUAUAGAAACGGGCUUCCUCGUCCUCGUUUCUUCGAUAAUCAUAGGUUCAACUCUUACCGUGUUGAUACUCCCCUUUCUGUGCUAGAUCCACUUCUCUCAUGGGCACAGCUGGAGAAAUCUAGCCCUGCUGCUCCGAUUGUGCUGAAACGAAGAAGGUACUUAGAUGAUGAGGAAAUCGGAUCUGAAGAUGUAGGUGUGGUUAGAAUCAGGAGAAAACUCUCUGAUGAUUUUGAUAGAGUCGCGGAAGAGAGCAAGACCGAACUUGUUGAAGCUAACGAGAAGAAGAAGAUCGAACAAGACAAGUUCAACGAGGUUAUCUCCAAGAUUGUUCAUAUUUAGUCGCUUCAAUAAAUUCUUGUUGGUCGUAAUUGAGUUUCUAAUGUUUGUAAUGUAGUUAGUUAUUAAUCAAGUGUCGUGUCUGUUAAAUAAUUAAGUUAGUUAUGUUUGUUUUGUCACAAGAAAGAAGAGUUACAACUCUUGACUUUCAUGUCUGUUGGAUUCUAUUUAAGUUCGUUGUUGUAAACCUUGUAAUACAGUGUUUCCCAUUCAAUUAAAGUCAGUUUCUCUUUUGCUCUGA